CUCUUUUACCUCUUUUUUUUUGCCUCUCUUUCCUUUUUUAAUUUUAAAUAACAAAUUAUGAAGUUUUACAUUGUUUUAUUAAUAUUCUCUUCACUUCAAAUCCUCGUUGUUUUCGCUAAUGAAAACAAGAAAGCUCAAUUAUCUCGUCGUAUGCUUCAAAAUAUGGAAUUGCAUGCAAACUUAAGUAUGUGUAAAAGAAACUAUUCUAUUCUAUAUUUAGCUUAUAUAUUAUUAUUAUUGUUAUUACUAUUAUUGUUAUUAAAAAAAAGAUCAACCUCAUAUAGACCGUUGUCCAUUUAUAUAUUGCUGAUAAGAAAAAAAAAAGAAGGAAAGAAAGAGAGAGAGAGAAAGAAAGAAAAAAGAAAAAGCUGUGCUUUAUCGUUAUUAUAUGUGAUUUUAUAAAUAUUUGAAAAAGAAAACUCGUAUUAUUAUUAUUAUUCCUAUAAUUUUGUCAUUAUAAAAUAUAUCAAAUUCAAAAGAACAAUAAAGAAAUCAGGAACACUAUGUUUCGGAUUGAAUGGUUCACGUACAUUUACAUAAAAAGCUUCUUUUUUUUUUCCUUCUAUUAAGGUU